CAACAUGACAAGCAGUCUCAAGCACUGGCAAAGACUUUGAAAUUGAACAGUUUACGCGCACAGAAAGCCUUACAAGUCUUCAAAUUUACACAAGAAGUAUUCCAGAGUUGUUUUAGUACGUAAAAGCUCAAAUAGAAGUUAAGGUUUUAGCAAGAAACAAGAAUAAAGUAUGUAUUCACCUGUAGUUGCUUUAGAUUCAACCUUUGUUCCUUUGUACGUUUGGUUCAAGUUAAGAGACGAGAACUUUUUCGCAGCAUUAUCCUUCGUUUUUAGUCCAACACGAUCCGACAUUCUGAAGAGGUAGUCAUGAAGGAAAAUUGAGCGUCCUAACCAGUGCUUUCAAGACGCCAAAAUAGUUGAACUGUCAAACGCAAACGCCGACUAUGACAGGGACGCUUUCGACAAUUAACGUUGUACUCGACAGAUGACCCCGAAACUUUUCUAAAUUUCGAUGUCAAAAAUAAUAUAUACAAAAUGUUUUCAACCGUUUCUUGAUUAUUUGGUAUCUAUAGUUUCUUUUUGGUCCAGAAUAUUCCCUUAGAGGUCUAGGAUGGCAGAGAUGUUUUAGGAUGAAAUCGGUUAUAAAAUUUGUUGAAAACAGCAACGUUUUGAAGCGGCAAGCAGCGUUGGGAAAAUUUUUAUGAGCGAUGACGCAACGAACGUUUCACACGGGAUUUUUCAAAAUAGCACGCGCGGUUUUGCACCAGCACGCGAGAUUUGAAACAGCAUGCGUGUUUCUCUGCGUCCACGGUACUUAAAUUUUGCGGUAUUCAUUUCCUAAUUACUUUAUAUAAUUUACACAAAGUUAUCCAUACCAAAGACUGAGUCUGGAAUGAAAUAUAUCAGCGGUAUUCAUUCCCCAAUAGUACAUGCAGUGAGUAGUAUUAUGUGACUGAAUUGUGUCACCUUAACAUUAUAGCCAAACAAAGGUGAAAUUGUGAAAAUGGAAUUUCAUGAAAUCAAAUCGGUUGCUGGUUGCCGUUGUGGAGAAAUUAGAUUCAAUAACAGCGAAAGACAAAAGAUCAACACCCCUGCUUGCAUGCUAUACACGCGUGGUGGGGCAGCACCUUACUUAACCAAUGAAUUGACAGAGGAUUUUUUUGAUGAUUAUGCAGGGGUACAUGUAACCUUGCCGACAUUGUAAGUAGGACAACAAGAGAAGAGGGGUAUGCAGAACAACUAAGGUUUACCGUUUAGGUUCAACUAAUGGUAGUCCAGACAAAUUGUUUGGUAUAUAUAGCAGUGAUGGUCGAACAAAAGAUAGUUCAUCGACUUCAUCAGAUAAAUUUGUGUUCGUUAAAUUAGAGAUGGAUUAAUUAUCAACCAGGGCAAAUUAUGCACAAUAAUGUCUAUACAUGCCUACAGCAAUAUCGUUAUACUCAGGAUAUGCCAAGAUGGUGUAUCUUAACCCAUUGAGUCGCAUUGUGCCCUGAUGCACCUUACUUUAUUAUUUUACUCUGGCUAACACCAGAUGAUUUUACUUGUCAAGGGGAGAGCGCCGGUGCUUAAUGGUUAUUAAUUAUAUUCAGUACAAUACCACAACCUAAGGGAGCAUUAAUUUUUUAGCUGGGGGGGGGGGCCGGAGGAACUGAUGUCUAAUUCCAUGCGAAAACUUGGAACCCCCAAGACAAAAGUUGAUAAAAAAUUAUGACCCCCUAUUUUUUUUACUGAAAAUUUUUUGACCCCUCAUCCUAACUAUUAAUCCACAUGGUGUCGUUUCCAUAGCGUUUCUGGGCCAUAGGAAACUCUUUUUGAUGGGGGGGGGGCUGAAAGCGAGGGCCGAAUUAGGCCCGAGGAAAUUUUUAAAUCUAGAGUCUCUGAAAUGCCAUUUCUUGGCCUUUGGGGGAGGAUUUGACAGAAUUCUGAUGUUUUAGUAUGUCAAAAUUGACAAUUUGGUAGUACUAAAUGGGUGAAGGCAUAUUUAAUUAACAAUAUAUUGGAUAACUAGGAUAAGUUGCAGGAAACUGUGGGUACUAUCUUCAUUCUUUGCAGUUUGUCAUGGAUAAUGUAGCCGCUUAAAAUUAAUAAAGCUUAAAAUUGAUAAAGGCUGCAUGAUUUUGAAGUCAUGCACUCCUUGAAAUCAUGCAUUAUUUUGAAAUCAUGCUACGGUCCUGCGUUUUCUUUCAUUCAUGUUUUCACACAAAAACGGAUAAAAACGAGGUCAAUUGACGAACGUCAUGGAAAUGUUUUCCUAUGGACUGUGUGAACAGAGUGUCAAAUGAAUUUUGCUUUAUUGUUAUAGAUGACGAGAUAGUUGAUAGAUUCUGGACCUUUUUACCAUUCUUGAUCCAAAUAUUUCCAAAUUCUAUAAAAUUAUAUUUUAUGACCCCCUCCAUUUAUACCAAAACUAUAAAAAGACCCACCCCUUUGAAGCAUGUCAAAAUUGGCUGACCCACCCCCAAAUUCCUCCGGCCCACGCCCCCAGCUAAAAAAUGAAUGCUCCCUAAUGGUUGUGAUAUUUUUAAUCAGCUGGUCUAAUUUUCAGAAUUCAGAACGUGCAUGAUGAUCGACUGUCUGUGUUAUUACUGCCAUUCAGAUUCCGUAUUAUAGUUUGUGCCGUUCCAGCCACAUUAGUUCAUAUUGUGACAACUGACAUUGAAUCAUUGUGACUGGUUUUUGUGACAGAUUUCAAUAUCCUGGACCAGAUGUUUUACAGACUUAUGGAAAAGGGAUUUCGGAAUUUCUUGGCAUACAGGUUACAUGCAGUUACAUAAACAUAAUAUGCAGUUUUCUCAUGGUGGCAUAAAAUCUUUUAUCAUGAAAUCUUCUUUUUUUUGGUAGAAAAAGAAUUUUGUGUUUAUGUCAGUAUAUGAUCCAACACAAGAAAUACAAUGUUCCUACAAUGAAGACAAAAAUGUUUCAGUAUGGAAUAGUGGUGGUAGGAAAAAGGUUGGAAGACAGAACUUAGAGAAAAGUCCUAAUAUUUAUUUACACAUAGCAUGUUGAAUUAUUGAAACGUUUUUUUUAUAUAGCAAUUAACACGAAAGUUUGCCACAAAUCUGGUCAAUUUGUUGUUGCAAAAUGGUACUUUUGGGUGGGAAGAAAAGGUUACAAAUUUGACAUGAAACUUUUAUUUUUGACCUUCCUGCCGAAAAACAUUAACAAUUUUAGUUUUUUUUACAAGACUCUCAUACGAAGACCAACCCAAGAAAGACAACAAUAGUUUAUUAAAAUUUAAAGACACAAAACACACAUUUACACACUGCAUGACAUUGAAUAACCUUUAUUCUUUAAGAGCAAUUAACAAGUUGGAUUGUAGGAACGAAACUUGGAACAAUAACAAUUCAAAAUCAAGUUUAGGAAAGUUAGUGAGACGAGCAAAAAGCUGAAAAUUAAACUAAUAAAACUAUGUCAUUUCAGAAAAAAAAGUUAAAAGUUGCACCAUAAACUUUCAUUUUCCCGCUAUAGCCUAUAGUGCCAUACUGUUUUUUGUAACUGACUGGAAUGAUUUUUUCCAGUGCCUUUUUUUUUCACUGCCUUGUUUCUUUCUUUCAGAUAAAUGUAGAUCAAUUUAUAGAAAUUCUAAAAUCGUUUAAACCAAACAUCGCGCAAUGUUUAUGCGACACAGUUCCGAGUGGCGAGAGCUGUAAGCGAAACAGAAAAUCUGUUGAUAGGACAUUGAAAUUCUUAGACGAACUACUGGAAUGCAGAAAAAAUAGCGACAUGUUAAAAUCGAUAGAAAUUCUCGGCUCUGUCGAAGGAGGUGACAGCGAAACGGAAAGAGUACGUUGUGCUGUUGAAACUUCUAAAAGAGAAGUGGCAGGUAAAACGAUCAGGAAAUUAUUCAAAAGCAAAGCCAUAUUAAAGACAAAAAAUAAGAUGAAAAUUUAAGUGAGAAAUACAAUCAUCAGACAUCACUUGAAGUAAAUAUAGUUCUAAACGCGUUUUUGAUAUUAAGGUUUCGUUGUGGAAGGAAUUGAGCCAUCGUCACAGAACUGGGAGGAACUAUUAAAGACGUGUAUUGUAAGUGUAUGAUACAACAAGUCAAACAAGCAUUUAGUCAUCUCCGCGCAAUUGCAAACACGUAAAAAUCUCACAACUUGUCAACAAGAUAUGUUCGCAACAGGCUUGUAGCAAGCUUGUCAACAAGUUGUAACAAUGCUGUUAUCAAGUUGCUACAAGGUUGUCACUCACAUAAGUCACAACUUGUUGACAAAUUGUUGAAUUGCAGGACGAUAACAAGCUGUCGGAACAACUUGUAACAAGUCUGUUUAACUCGACAACCUUGUAGCAAGUUAUCAACGAGCUGUUGACAACUUGUCGACAAGCUGAUAACAAGCAGUGCGAACACAUCCUGUUGGCAAGUUGUUGGAACAGCAUUGCUAGCGCUACAAGUCUGCUGCAGGUUUGUUACAAUUCAUGCGGUGGGCUCUGAGUUGGCGUAUUGAAUAAAAUUCCUUUUUCUAGAAGAAUCUACCAAGUGACAGACCACGUUUUUUCCCUGGACCAAUGACACCAGGUAUGUAUGGUUCACGAAAUACUGACGAGGUGUUAUAAUCUAAACAGAUCUUGUUGACAUUUGUUUUACUCUUUUAGAUCACAUCUUUUCUGCUUUGGAAUGUGGAAUUGAUGUCUUUGAUAGCAGGUGUGUUCUUCAGGGACGUAGCCAGCCCCACUCGAGUGUGGGAGAGGGGUUCUAAUUGUUUGGCCGUCUGGGGCGUGGUCCCCCUGAAAAUUUUGUUUUGAAGUUUUGAACCUCAGUUAAGCCCAACCAAUCUUAGCCGUGUUUUAUGCGUCGAAUUUCGGUCGCGUCGAAUGUAAUUCAAACAAUAGAUAAUAAAACUUAAUGAGGUUUAUCAUCUCAUCUAUUGUCUUAUUGCAUUCGACGCAGCCAAAAUUCGACGUAUAAUAAAACAAGCUUAAAGUUUAUACAGCUUCACUGCAUCGCCUAUUAAAUCACAGUUUCGGUAUUCUUUACAAUCUCUGUAUUUCUUAUCAAGACAGCUAUUACAUUCUUCUCUAGCUUCGCAUACGAAGCAACGCGACGUGGCUGUUCAUUGAAUCUCCAAUGCAGCAGUAAACGCUGUAAACCCGAGUUGAACCACACAAAUGAUGUCACAGAAAAAUGCAAAGCUACUCAGAGUAAAGAACUAGAGGAAAAUAUUAGUGAAAAUAUCAAGAAGACUCGUUUUGAAAUGAAUAUCGCCAAUAUUAGGUACAUAUAGACCGUGACAAGUUUUCCUUGACAAGUUAUAUUUGUAUGCUCGCGUGUAUGGCCACAAAUUGACAAUUUUUCGUUGCCAAGCUGGGCCUUGUUCAAAAGCUAGUCAUGCCAGGUUUUGGACAAGGAAAAUUUGUUCGUGUGUACGUCCGCCAAGUCAAGGAAAACUUGACAAGUGAACAAGAAAUGCUUCUAUGGUUUUGGCAAACAAAAGGCGGCCUUGACGUGAGAUAAUGUUUAACAACAUUCCGUGCACACGACCAGGGCGCUGGAGGGUCGCCGGUCCAACCUUGACCGGCCAAUUCAAUUUAGCUCGGACAUACCGAAUUUCUGGCCAGUCCAAUUAUUCAGCUUAACGCAAAGCCCAGUAAAGUAUAUACCCCUAAAAAUGUGACUAUUUUCCCAGUAUAGAAUUACAAAAAGCCUUACUGUAAUCAGUAAUUAAAAACUCCUUCACAUAAAACAGCUUCCACUGCGCCAAAACCAUGGCAUGGCCUUAACUCUUUAAUAACCCAAAAGCAUGGCCAUGGGCUUUGUGACGUACUGCGUGGGAAAGCUGGCGCACAUUGAAGUUCUUUUCCUGAAAAAUAUUCGACAACAUGUUAUGGUUCUUAAUUAUAAUACUUGACAACUUUAUUUUGAUUAUUAAUUCAAAUGAAGAUUAGUUAGCCUGUACAGUUCGUCGAGAAUAACGGCUGUACACAGGCUGAGAUUAGUUUGUUCUUUUAUAAUAUUAGUUUGUUCUUCUAAUUUGACUGGACAACUCCGCAUUCUGGCCGGACAUUGUCCGUUGACCGGCCGUUAUUUCGCGCCCAAAACUUGUUGACCGUACACACGAGAAAGUAAACUUGUCAAGGAAAACUAGCUCGUCUGUAUACCGAGCUUUAAAUGCAAAUGACUUCGUAUAAAGUAAUAUCGAAAGAUCACUGUACGACAAAAGAUAAUUUCAACGUUCCUCGACGAUAUAUCUGUAAGUUUGUGUUUAUGUUGGCUACAUGUAUAGGUAUAAAGAAGACUUCUCCUCGCUCGUGAUUGGCUGUUCGUGCUAUUCCUGUACCAAUCACACUCGAGCUUACAUAUAUCACUUGUUAGAAACGAAAGAAAUGCUGGCUGAAGUAUUGCUGAUGAUGUAAGUAUAGUAACUGAGGGUUUGUUUUCGAGGAUGGCACCUAUAGCACUGCAACGGUGCCAUCCAGUCAUGAUCCUGUGAUUGGAAGGUUCCAUUGUCUUUUCAUUAUUUAUCAUACUCGAUAGAGUUUCAGUACGGAUUCGCAAAACGAGCUCAAAAAAAUAAAAAAUAGUAAUAGUAAAAAAUCAUAGAAAAUGCAAACGUGUAACCAGUUUCGUAUUAUUCUGACACUGCAAUACACCAACGAAAAAUUCGUUGGCUCGAGCGGGAUUUGAACUCGCAGUAUCUAGACCGCCGCUCUACCCAUUGAGCUAUCGAGUCAACGGGGAUUGGUAGUGAGUCUUAUCCAAUUUAAGUGCACAAAAAUGCGCGUAUACAAAUCCCGAAAUAAAUACCCGAAGAUGCGAGUUCAAAUCCUGCUCGAGCCAACGAUCCAUUGCAGUGUCAGAAUAGUAUGAAACUGGUUUUUCGUAUAUCUCUGAGGAUGGUUCAGAAAUGCUAACGUGGAGCAAUAUAAAGAUGGCGCCGAUGUCGACACGAAGCCAGCAAGCGUUCUAUUUCUAUCUCGCUCCAUUUAGACUAUAUACAUACGUUCACUUGUAAAAUAAAAUGAUGCAUUAAUUUUCUUGCAGACACAAUUUUCAUCAGUACUUCAGUUUUUUCAAGAAACUCCGUGAAGCUUUAAAUAACGAUACGUACGAAACUUUCAAACAGGAUUUUCUCAGGACGUGACGAGUUCUCAGAAUUAGUUAGCAAUGCUAGCCUUGAAAGUAUAGCUUAUAGAGGGUGUCAGAUCAUAAAAUACAAUAUACAGGUACAUACGAAUGUAAUCUUAUAUUUAAUAAAAAUGCUUUUGAAAAUAACUCUAUCUAUAAACUUUAUUUUUAAAUACUGGCGAAGCUAUAAAUUUCAUAAAUCCUAAUAUCUUUCUGUGGCAAAGCUCAAUCUUAAUCUGCGAAUAAUACAAAAAUAUAUUUAAAAAUUAAAUUUUCUUAUCUCUUUCACUUAUAAAAAUUUGGAUGCAUUUUAGAUUGGUAUUUACUGGGCAAAAAUGUGAAUUUCCUUUCGGAAACGUCAGUGUCUCCUGCAUGGUUUAUCCACUUUCGGGAAUCAUGACAAGGAAACAAUGUUUCCUGGUUUUCCCACCUUCAGGAAACAUGGCUAGGAAACAAUGUUUCUUGGUUUUCCCACCUUCGGGAAACAUGGCUAGGAAACAAUGUUUCCUGGUUUGUUUACCUUCAGGAAACAUGGCCAGGAAACAAUACUCCUUGAUUUGACCAGUUUCAGGAAACAUGGCUAGGAAGCAAUGUUUCCUGGUUAGCCCACCUUCAGGAAACAUGGCUAUAUAGGAAACAAUGUUUCUUGGUUUGCCAACCUUCGGGAAACAUGGCUAGGAAACAAUGUUUCUUGGUAACUUGGUUUGCCCAGUUUCGGGAAACGUGACAAGCAAACAAUACUGUAUUUCUUCGUUUGCCCACCUUUAGGUAACAUGACUAGGAAACAAUAUUUCUUAAUUUGACCAGUUUCAGGAAAGUGUUAUUGGCCCCUCCCCGGCCCAGGACAAGCUAAACAUUCCACCCCCAUUACCUACUGUUACAAUUCAACUUUAGUUGCAGGCGCUUUACCAUCGUCUCCAGCUUCACUCUUAUUCGUUCGUGGUGCGAAUACCGAUGUUUCUGUAUCACUGAAAUAUCCUUCGUCCCCGAUAUAGUGUGUUGGGUAGAGUACGUAAGGUGAAGCUGAGAGAGCCUUGAGAUUUCUCACUUCAAACUGUGCAGCCCAAUCUUUC